AUGUGUUUCGGGGUGCAUAUACUGAGACUAUCAGGACACUCAGGACGUUUCCGCUUGAACCUGAGGAAGAAGAAACCAAUAUGUGUGGAGGGCAGUGAUGGAUUGCAAGAGAUCCGAGUCCUGGAGAUGGGGGCCAUGAAGGAAGAGCCACUUGAUGUCGAGAUUAAACGGGAGGAGGAUGUGGACCCCAAUAAGAGGAAGCUGCCACCUCGGAGGAGGGGUGCUCGGUAUGAGAAAAUGAUGCAAGCCCUGAAGAGGCCAGAGUACGACGAUGAUGAUGACUUCUCUAUGGGCGAGGAGGAGGACAUUUCCCCAGAUUAUCUGACGUACCGCAGGCCAGCCCCCGCACCCAGACCAAGGGGUACCUCUGGGCCGGGGAAACGAGGUCGCCCUCGGAAGCACUGGCCGGUACCCGAGGGAAUAGUGAAGGUGGAACCGGAGCCAGCUGAGCCCCAGCAGCUGAUCACAAGCGACCUGGAGGGAACGCAGCUGGAAGAGGUCACACCCGGUGACCUGAUGAGCAGCAUGGUGGUUAAGAGUGCCAACCUCAUGGGGGCAGAAAAACACAACCUCCUCAUCACCUUCCAGAAGCCGGAGACAGGCGAGAUGGUCAUCACCAUGCUGCCUCCGCCUCCCACAUCCACGUCGUCCUCUGCCACGGCCCUGCAACAGCAUCAUCAUGAACAGCAACAGCAACAUCAACACCAUCAGCAUGACCUCCAUGAUCACACCACAACAGAGGGAACGCAGACUGAAGAAGACAUCGGGCUAGGUACAGAUGAUGUUGUAAGUGUGGAUGGGCACAAGUGUGAGGCAUGCGGUGAGGUGAUUCCUUUCAAGCGGGACUACAUCCGGCAUCUCAGACAGAAACACAACCUGCGUCCCUUUGAGUGCGACCAGUGUGGUAAGACUUGUACCUCACAUGUGGCACUGGAGGCCCACCACAAGAUGCAUGGGUUGGAGCGCCCCCACCGUUGUGACCACUGCGGCAAGGGCUUUGUGGACCCGUCUCACCUGAAGACACACGUCCUCACGCACACUGGCGAGAGGCCCCAUCGGUGUCAGCACUGCCCUAAGACCUUUGCCCAGGCUUCGCAACUUAAAAAGCAUCUGGCCAUCCAUGAGGAGGCACAUCAGUACCGUUGCUCUGUGUGUAGCCGCACUUUUGCUCACCGAGACACACUCUACACACACAUGAAAACCCAUACGUCCAAUCGUCCCUUCAUCUGCGAUAUCUGCAGCCUGGGAUUUGUGACGAGCAGUGGCCUCAAUCGCCACAGGAAAGUCCACAAGAGAUCUAGUGAUCCUGUGGGAGGCUUAGAGGAUGAGCUCAAGUGCAGUGUGUGCCAAGCCAACUUCACCUUCAAGCGUACUCUUACCAAGCACAUGAGCACUGUCCAUGGUGAUCGUGUCAUGGUGAAGGAGGAAGAUGAGACAGAGGUGAAGCCCUUCCAGAAUGAAAACUCAAUUGUUGAACAGCUUCAGGAGCAACUGAAUGAGGGCUAUGCACCAAAGACCUCAGAGCUGUAUGAUGAGCCAAAACAGUCAGAAACACUGGAGAGCAAAUUUCCCACAAACCCCUUCAAAUGUGGAAUCUGUGAGGAGUCCUUUACUGAUGUGGAUGUCCUUUGUGACCACUAUACAAAUUGUCACACUGGUGAACAGGAGGUUUACUGUGAUGUAUGUAGUGUUGGCUGUGCCACAGAGCAGCAGUUGGAGCAACACAAGCAGCUGCAUCUGGUGGAAGAACAGCAGUCCAUCAUCCACACCAUGCCAACUGAGGAGUUCCCUUACGUGUGCCAAAUAUGUGGCAAGAGUUUCAAGAAACACCAGGAGUGGGUCCGUCACCACAGAGUCCACACACAAGAGAAGAACUACAAGUGUGACUUGUGCAAUGCCAGCUUCCCACUCAAGUCUGCCCUGGAUAAGCACGUUCUUGUCCACACUGGCGAGCGACCUUUCAAGUGUGACAUCUGCCUGAAGAGUUUCCGCCAGAGUGCAGCCUUGGUGAGGCACAAGCUCUGGACCCACCGGCUCAAGAACCAGAACAAAUGUGAGAUUUGUGGUAAGACCUUCUUCACCCCUGCACUGCUCAUGUAUCACUUGGACAGCCACGGGGAUGCAGGUCAGAGGGUCAAGUCACGGCUGUCUGAGGUGCCAGAGGGUGAGGAACAACAGUUGCUUGACCAAAACAUGGGUCAGGGAGUAGAAGGGAUGGAAGAUAUAAGAAUGGAAGACAACGUCCGCCACAGCUGUGAGCACUGUGGCAAGAACUUCCCCAGCUAUGUCGCCUUACUUACGCACAAGCUGUCACACAAGCUCUCAGCCUCUUACAAAUGUGAUGUGUGCCACCGUACGUUCCGUGAGAAAAGGUACCUCCAGAAGCACAAGCUCACGCAUAAAGGAGUCAAAAGUUGGAAGUGUGAUAUCUGCAAGAAAGCCUUUGCAACCAAGCUUACCCUCAUUCGCCACUCACAUGUGCACCUGCGGGAGGCCCUGCGACCUGGGCCAGAGCUACCCUUUAUUCCUGAAGAGGGAGAGGAGGGGAGUGAGGCCAUGGGGGGCAGCACCCUCCCAUCUGUCCUCAAGUGUGAUGAGUGUGGGAUUGACUUUGCCCACAAGAGCCACUUUGUUAGGCAUAAACUCCUCCAUUCAGGCACACCACUGCUCAAGUGUGGACUGUGCAACAGACUCUUUGUGCACAAGAGCGAUAUCAUUCGACAUAAAGUUAUGCAUUCUUUCAUGUUCACUUGUGAUGUCUGUGGACGUAACUUUCAUAAGAGAUCAUUAUUUAUUAUGCACAAAAAGAAACAUGUUGAUGAUAAGCCCUUUAAAUGUGAGUGUGGUAAAAGUUUCUCCACCAGUGGGAACUACAACACUCAUAAACGGAUUCAUAGUGGUGAGAAACCUUACAAGUGUGAUCAGUGUGAUUACAGGUGUUCUCAGAGUGGCCGCUUGCUGAAACAUAAGAGAAUGCACAGUGGGGAGAAGCCCUUCCAGUGCAAUACAUGUGGAAAGUACUUUGCCAAUGCUGAGUCUGUCAAGAUCCAUAUGAGGAUCCAUACUGGAGAGAGACCCUUCAAGUGCGGUAACUGUGGCAAGACCUUCAUCAACAACAGUAGCCUCAACCAGCACAUGCGGGACCACAUUCGUGAGGAGAUGUUUAAGUGUGACAUGUGCAGCCACAAAUUCCGCCGCGAGCACCACCUGACUAAGCACAGACAAAUCCAUCACCUGAGACCCCAGUACUCCAACACUGGAAUGGGCUUAGAAGCAGAUGGUAAUGUGGAAGCUCACUUGUAUAUGUGUGAGAUCUGUGGACGAGUGUUUGAUAAGAAGAAAUACUUGUACACACAUCACAAUGUACAUUCUCGCCAGAGGAACUUCCCAUGUAAUGUGUGUGGGAAGCAGCUAGCCUCCCGCUUGGCACUUAAGAACCACAAUCUCAUCCACACAGGCCAAAUGCCCUUCAAGUGCCCCCUGUGCGACAAGGAGUUCCGCAGUUCGUCCAACCAGAAGCGCCACACGCGGACGCACACAACGCAAGACGUGUUGCGUUGUGAUGUAUGUGAUGAGACCUUCUACAGCACAGACCUUUUAAACCAGCACAAGGCCACCCACAUGCAGGGGAUGAUGAUGAUGAACCCCGGUGUGGAGGGGGUCACCAGCACAGAUAACUCGCACCAUCUUUACGUGUUCGAGACAGUGGGUGAGGUGGGUGAGGCGAUGGACUCCACGCAGCAGCUGCUGGUGGACAACAACCAGCAGCAGUUCCUGGUUGAUGGGUCGCAGCCGCUGCUGGUGUUCCCGGAGACUGCAAACACGCCCUACUCGGAGCUGGCCGAAGCACCUGAUCCAGAGCCCGAGCAGCCGGACCCGGAGCAUCAGCCGCAACCUGAGGUCAUCAUGGUGCAGGAGAAGAUGGAGGAUCAUGAGGAGGAGGAGAGGAUCGUUGAGAAGCCCUUCCGCUGUGACGACUGUGGCAAGUCCUUCGCCAAGAAGCAGUACCUAACGAAGCACAAGUACCGCCACCGUGAAGUGAAGCCGCAUGCGUGCGAUGUGUGUGGCAAGCGCUUUGCUCAGAAGUUUGAGGUGGCUGUCCACAAGAUCAAACAUACGGGUGAGCGGCGGUUCCAGUGCGACGUGUGCUGCAAGCCGUUCCGCAGCAAGGUCAAUCUGCUCAAUCACAAGAUGCGGCACACGGGCGAGUACCCAUUCUUGUGCUCUGUGUGUCGCAAAGGUUUCUCCACGCAGCUACAGCUUGAACGCCACGUCACAUUGCACACAGGCUCACACCCAUACAAGUGCAGCAUCUGCCAGCGCGGCUACACGCAGCGCAUCAACCUGGUCAAGCACCUGGCCAAGACCCACGACAUCGUGGAUGCGUCACAGAUCGAGGCCAUGAAUUCCAUGGAGAACGCAGAAGCGGUCGAAAACAUGGAGGGCAUGGAGACCAUGGAAGGUGUAGAGGAGAUGGAUGGCUCGAUGCUGUCGGGCGUGCAGGAGGCGGGCAUGGACGGCGCCGGCCACCAGGGGGGUGUGGAGGAGGCUGAGCAUGUGGCCAUUGCCAUGGACCCGGACCUUCUACGAGCGGACGUGCCACAGGCAGCGUACUCGGUGGUGGAGGUGCAUCCAGAGGGCCUCAAGGAGUACCUGUUGGCUGGACCACAGGUAGUGUCAACGCACGACAUGGACCCGAAAUUGCUCCAAUCCAUCCUACAGCAGGUGCGUGCCGCUCCCGACGACAGUCACAUCACCACCAUCGCCGACUCGCAGGCCGUCGUGCAUGUCACCGCCAUGGAUGAGUAGGCGCCCCAUCUCCCCAUCCUCAUCCCCGUCCCUUUCCCCACCCCCACCCCUCUCAUGGUCUGAUGGCCCUGCCUUCAUCCUUUCAACAUUCCUUCAUCUAAAGACCUUUCCUGAACAUGAAGGGCAUUCCCACCCUAGUUUAUAAACAUUUCAUUACGUAUGUUCGUUUUAAUGAAUUUGAAUAAGGUUUCAUGGCAUUUGGAAGGACUUGAAACAGAACAAACAAUUAGAAAUAUCUUCCUCUCUGUCCCUGUCGCCGCAGAGCGGACAUACAGCCUACAAACCACACCUAAUAAGUCAUAGGACAUGAUGUCCUUUUUGAGUAAAAAAGUACACUUAAGAAAAACGUUCUUUUUUGACGUUAACAUUUCUAUAGCUCGUCUGGACUCUUUAAGAGUGGACGUUUGUUUCUCGUGCAUGCAUCUAGGUGAGCCUUUCUGAUACAGUUGUAUAUAAAACGCGCGGUUUCCGACUGCAUUGCAUUAGAGAAGAAGGACCUCUUUUUGGCUUGAUAGAUUUCUCUCCCAUUUUCUACAUAAUGUAAGAAAAUAUCAGAAGUAAAGUGUAAAUAUGAAAAUAAAAAUGUAAAAGAUA